UACACAUAUCUGGAGGGUUCAUGUUAAACAUUAACUACGGUGUCCCGUAUGUGGGGCAAAAGGACUUUGGUCAAGGAACAAACUACAGGUACAGUUACUGUAGUUCUUACAGUUUGGUACGCAGCUAAAACUUUAGCUUGUAAACGUCAGGUAAUCAGGGUUCCUGAUUAAUAAGAAAUUACACAAAAAUGGCUGAGGGAACACCAAGGCAACCUCCCAGAGGUGCUCAGGACCAGCUGCCACCACCAGAUGCUGAAAUAGAGGUACAUGUACAAGAAGAACUGCAGCCUGGACUGGCUGGGGAGUAUCUACAUGGACAGGGGGGUCAACUAGCACCCCAGGCUGCCGGACAAGCCUACCAGGGCCCAUGGCAGAUGCAACAGAACCCUCGGCAGGCUGCUCCAGUGCAGUUCCACCCAGAACAGCAAGGGUACGGGGCUCAGGCUGCCUUGUUUCCACACCAAGGCUUCGCCAUGCCCCCCCAACCAGCUGGGCAGGUGUACCACAAUGUCCCACCUGCAAACCAAGCAGCUGCAAAUGUCGGGCAGCCGCCGGCUCUGCAGAUGUCUGUAGGUGCUUUUGGUGGUGCAACGGUCAGGAUUGAGAGUCCGGCUGCAGCUGGAGGCUUUGUAGCUGGGGGUCUUGUGGCUGGAGCAUUUGCUACGGCUGCGUUCGCAGCCAGCAAGGUUUCAGAAUCACCCGCAGUUGUACUGGGAACUGGACUGGCUGCAGGGGUGGCUACAGGAGUGACAACCCUGGCAGGGUUCUACCUGGGCAACAGGCAGCAGACAGAGGAGGCCAUCCGCAGGGUGGUGGAGAGAGAACGGCACAUCCGAGUAGAGAACAUUGAGGAGGGGUCUCUACUUGUGCAUGUCAAGUUUCUUACACUGGCUGGCUACUGGGUCCUCCGCAGCUUCAAUGAGAAAAUCGACAAGCGGUCUGACCGCACCUGUCUGCAGCUGCUGCUGGAGGACGAACUUCAGGGGAUCGGCUGGACCGGACCGAUCCAAGUGGGGCUGGAGGGGUGGUGGUUUGCUGAAGAAGAGGGACAGGAAGAGGAGGAGGCAGCAGGGACAGAGCAGGAAGAGAGAUGGGAGUGGGCAGGGAUGGAGAAACAGUCCGUGCCACCCAUGCCGGCCAGUGUGACUACAGAGGGAGAUUCAGGCCUGCCUGAAGACGUGUCCUCUGUAGCAGCCAUGUCCAUCACUUCUGCUGGAGAGGUGGAAGAGGGGCCGCUCAAGAGGCGGAGAGCCAGGCUACAGAAACACAAGGACUCUCCAACAGUACAACGCUUCAUCAAGGCCUGGAGGUCCUGGGAGGAAGGAGCAGAAAUCCUGACCAGCAGUGGGUACACAGACCUGGGGGGAGUCAAGGCCUUGGUGCAGGGAUUCAUGCUGCAUUACACGGUAACACCAGAUACCACAAGUACAUUACUGUAUGGACAGUCAUGGCUGAACCUGAACAAAGCCCAGCUGAAGCAGCUGAUGACCUCCCAGCUACAAGCUGACUCCACUGACAGCACCUGUCUGCUGCUGACGGCCCUACAGCUGCCAUAUGGAGACAGCCGGGUGCAGACCCUGCAGCAGGUGGUUGAUGCCAUCCUACAGCACAGACCAGGAGACUGGCUGUACCAACACCUGCACCACAUCUACUGCUACCUGGGGAGGGCCAUAUGGAUGGCAAGCCCUCAGCCAAAAUCAACCACAUCACAAGGGACUGAUCAACCAAGAGCUGAUCUGGAUGCUCUAGUCAAAGCACUAUCUGCCAUGGCGAGUUCCCUUAUGUACAAACAGGACUAUUUGGAGACUAUGUUCUACACAGCCGAACUGUAUAAGAAAGUGUCCGAGACAGAAGCCAUCAGACAGUUGGAACACCUCCUCAGGCUGGCACCAGAGUGUGAUCUCCAUGUGCCACAUGCUCACUACCUCCUGGCCACCCUGUACAACCAGCAGCAGGACAGACAGAAGGUGAUUCACCACUUCACCAGGGGGCAGGAGAGGGAGACCAACCGGCUACCUGGGUUUCCUGAAGUCCACAUAUCCAUCAAAGACCCUGCUAAAAUGGCAUAUGAACGAGUCAUGGCAAAGAAACAAGCAAACAAGUAAAACCUUUUCUUUGGAAACAAAGUCUAAGAAACAAAGUGCACUUACAUUGUACAGUGUAGAACUUGCCUUUAAA